CCUACAUGUUAUUCUGUUGGUUGUUCGAUUUUAUACUUUCCUAUUAAAUUAUUUAUUUAUGAGUUUAUUCGUUUCAAAGCAUUAAUAAUCAUGUCUCAUUUUACGUUUGUUAUUCCGGGGAAUAAAGAAGACUUACUUAGAAGCUGUAUAAACGACGAAUAUACUGUGAGAAAUGUAUCCAUCCAAAAUGAUAUUCCUGGAGAACUAAAAGUUUGCAGACAGUUACUUCUAGAUGAAGGUGCAGAAUUUAUACUAAGUUCAUUUGAUAGUUACUAUUCUCUACUGCACCAUGGGGAUGCAGUAUCUAUGGAUCUUAUUUUCAAAUCAUAUCAAGAUUUGCAUAAAGGUACUGUUGAGCUCAAUAAGGCCCUUGGCUUUUUACUUGAAGACAAAGACAGUUUAAAUGAUGAAGUCAAACUUAAAUACACUAAUUUACUCAAAAUGUUGAUUUAUUUAUACACACAAACCAUUAAUCUACUAGAGAAACGCAAUAUUGCUAAAAAACAACAACACCUAUCAAUGCCCAAAGGCAAAAAGAAAUCUGCUAAAGAAUCAGAAGAAGAGUUUGAAGUAGAUAAGAAAAGUGUUUUGCUGGUACUUAAUAAUCUAAUACAAAGAGAAAUAUCUUUGUUUUGGGAGAACCAAGUAGUGGAAGAAUCAUUUGUUAACCUCAUUUCUGGUAUAGCUUAUGAGUUUUUACAGCAUCCUUCUAUUAAGAAGCAGACUGAAGAAUUUAAUGAAAUUUUCAAUGUUUUGGGCUACCUUAUGAAAACGUAUAACCAUGGUACAACUUUUGUGAUUCGGAUAACCCAACUUAUUAAAUUAAAUGAGCAUUUGGUGCAAUGUAUACCAAAAGGCAUCCAGCACCUCGUACAAAAUUUUAAUUAUAAAAGUUUACUACAUGAAUUGAUUGAAGAAUUGACAGAGUGGCAAACAGAUGAAAAAAAUCAAGAUAAUCAGGGAGCAAGAAAUUGUGCAACAGUUCUAUCAACAUUAGCUGCUCUUAUGCCAGAUCUUAUGAUGCCUGAAGUGGUGUCUUUAAAUAAUUAUUUAUAUCAUGAGCCUGCUAGUCUUAGAAUCUCUGUAAUAAUGGUCAUAGUAGAAGUCAUACUUAGUAACUUGACAAGCAACGAACUAAGUGAUGAGCAAAAAGAAUUUAGAGAUGAGCUACUUGAAAUGAUUUUGGAGCACACUGAAGAUAAUUCAGUUUUAGUCAGAUCAAGGGUUUUCCAACAAUGGGCUCGAAUGCAAAGAGAAAUGGCCAUACCUUUAAAGUACCAAUUGAAAGUUCUGGAAAAAGCUGUAGAGCAUUUGUGUGACAAAGGCUCUAUGGCCAGAAAGUUUGCUAUAAAUUGUGUUACCACUUUCUUAUCCUGCAACGCAUUUAGUGCCAAUUUGUCUUUGUCCUCAAUGAAAGAGGAACUAAACAAACACAAAAAUUUACUGAAAGAAGGCAAAGAAAAGUUCAAUGAUCCGAAAAUGGAACGGUUAAUGGAAUUGCAAUCGCAAUGGGACGGCAUAGUGGACCAAUUGAAGAAAGAAGUCGAAGCUGAAGUUGACAAAGGCAAGGAAAACGAUGACGAAAAUGAAGAACAAAAUAAGAUUGCUCUAGAUAAGGUAGAGGAGGUAAUCAGACUCUACCUAUAUGAAUCUAAAUUCAAAGAGGCUAUUCAGGUUUCUAAAUCGGCACUUAAAGACCAUAAGUUUUUGGAGAAGUUCAAGGAGAGAAAUGCCAUAGGAGAUGUAGAAUUUUAUAUGGGCGUGUUCUACACCAUAUUCUUCGACGUGUCCAAAGUAGUGGGUCAGUUAGAGAACCGCGAAUUCGUCAAUGUUACAGCAGACGACUUAAAACAAAUUGAAAAUUUAUCAUCGAAAGUUGACUUUCUACAUCAAUGCGUUGAAUUUCUUCAGGCGAUAGACGAAGCCAUCGAUGUAUGUAUAGAAUUAUUAGAAACGACAUCUGUGAGUGAUAUGCAUGAAGUUAUCGAGUUUUUCGUUGCUGCGUAUCAGUUCAACAUUGAUAGAUCAUCCGAUGGAGUACUAGCAAUGUUAAGGAUAAUGCAAAGAACUGAACAAGAACGAAAAGACGCCAUCGUUGCUGCGUUCAAAACUGUAUAUUUGUUGUCUGAUUCUACGACCCUAAACGACCACUGCACUAUUGUUGUCCAACGUCUCAUGCGUCUCGUCAAGACACUCCCCGCUACGAAUUUACCCGAUCUUCAAGACAUAAUCUCUGAUUGGGUAACCAAAGGAACACUAGACAACAGUGUCAUUGACACAUUGUGGCAAAUAGUCACCCAAAGAGUAAGUACGACAGUAGAAGAUGAAAUAGCAGCCGUGAUUCUGCUAAAAAUGGCGGCCAUAGGAAGGAAAACUGUCAUAUCCAAAAACAUUAAUUUAAUGACAGGAAUCGCGUUUGGCGAGAGAGGUAAAAGCAACUUACAAUUUCUAGCAGCAUGUUGCAACUUUCUAGCCGUGGCGUAUGAAGGAGUUGACAUGAACAGUGCCAAUUUCGCAUUUAAAAUCAAACCAGACGAACAAUGUUUCACAGACUUAGUUGCCAUUUUAGGGGAAUUGUUCUUUAAAGCUGUGGAAUUCUACCACGAAGCUCUUUAUGCGGGAUUGGACUUUGUUUAUAAGCUAAGUUCUAAACCUGAAACCUUUGCCGAACAACUACUAAGCUCUGUGGCCCCAAAACUAAACAAAAAACUAUCAGACAAUCCCGAAUUGGAAGUCCCCCAGUACGCUUUGAUACGGUUGUGUCAGAUGUGCGGUUACAUAGCUCUCAAACAAUUGGAAUACAUGGACGACACCGUGUACAAAGAACUGAAAAGACGACAGAAUGUACGAGACGAGAGAAAAAAGUCGUCGAACGUGGGAAAAACGACAAAAAAGAAAAAGGAUAAGAACAGGUCAUUAACAGCUACAACUGCUGCUGAAGCAUCACAUACCACGAACGAUGAUACUGUCUUAGAAGGAGCACAAGCAGAAGAUACGGACGCAGACUUUAUUUUAAAUAUCUUGGAAAAGGACAUAGUCACUGGUUCUGGAUUUUUAUCCCAGAUGGCACUGAAUAUUCUACAGGUAUGCGAAAGGCCAGAUAUAUACAGAUCAGAAGAGUUGCAGUUCGCCGGCGUCGUUGCCUUAUCAAGGUAUAUGUUAGUAUCUAGUGAAUUCUGUAGAAAACAUAUAAGACUAAUGUUUACAAUUUUCGAAAAGACCGAGUAUCCUAGCAUUAAAGGAACUAUUUUGUUGCAUCUGUCAGAUUUGUUAACAAGGUUUCCUAAUAUCGUUGAGCCUUGGACGGACAGACUCUUCCAUAGUCUUAACGACCCACUUGCCGAAGUUCGUCGCUCCUCGUUCUUCAUAUUAUCAAAACUUAUUUUGAGUGAUAUGAUUCGAGCACACAGCCACAUACCAAAGAUGGCCGCUUGCCUAGCUAACCAAGACGAAGAUCUACGCAUCAUGUGCAAGACGUUCUUCCUAAAGCUUUCACAUAAGGAGAAUAACCUAUACAACGCCCUUCCGGAUAUAUUUUCUCAUUUCGUAGAAUUAAAGAUAGAUGAAGAGGAAAUGAAGAACACAUUAAAAGUACUAUUCGACAUGUUGGAAAAUCCGAAACAUAUGGAAAACAUCGUCGCCAGGUUCUGCACGAAAUUACAGUGUACAGAUGACAAUCAUCAGCAUAGAAACAUAUCUUACUGCCUCACAUUAAUUAAGUAUAAUGACAAAGCACUGAGAAGAUUAAUUGAAGAAUUCCCAUGUUAUAAACAUUUAGUUCACGACGAGGAAGUAUAUGGCAAUUUCAGAACGAUUAUACAAAAUUGCAGCAAACAGCAAGCGGGAAAAGUAGAUCUGAAGGGAAUGGCUACAGAGCUAGAGACAGCCAUAAAAUCGGUAUUCGAAUUGCAAGAAGAUGGUGCAAUGCCGCCGCCACCUGUACCCAAAUCGACCAAAAAACGACCUUUACAAGGUUCUGCAAAGAAAACAAGAGGAAGAAAAAAGAGAAAACCAGUGAGUAGUGACUCAUCCGAUGAUUCUGACUGAAAUAUUUAAAUUUACUUCAUCAAUAGAGAUAAUGUUUUGCAGUUUGAAAUAAACCUAUUUUAAUAAAGUAACUAUUUUUAGA